AUGUCGUCGUGGUGGCAAAAAGAUGGUGACGAGUCAAAGAACACCUGGUCUAAAGACCAAUGGGGUUCCAACAACACAUGGUGGCAAAGCUCAGACUGGAAUUCCUCAGCAGCCUCUACACCUUCGCUGCCCACACCUCCGUUGCCCACCUCAUUUGUUUCGGAUCACCAGCACUAUGACAAAACCCCACUCGGGAAAGGUGCUCAUGUGUUGCACAAACAGGUGCAACCAACCGAAUGGUCCCGUAAAUCGGGCCUGGCAGGCCGUGAUGUCACAGAUAUCCGUGCCUACGAACUUUCGCACCGUGGUUCAGGAGAUUUUUCGUUCAGAUUGCUUUCAGAAGGUCGCCAUCAGAGUAUAGUCUGGGCGAGAAGCGGAUCAGAAUCGGUCCUGCUCACCGCUCUGCUCAAAAAGAUCAGAGAGAGCGGAAUUUCCAUCGACGAAGCUGCCAAAGUUUGUCACAAGGAGGCACCGCCCGACAAACACAAGGAAGCAAUGAGGUUCAUGGAACCUCUUGCUCAAGAUUUAAUGGAUUGCAUUGCAGCUAAAGUUCCCGUGCAAAAUUCGGAUGCUUCAGAGCAACUGGCCAAGGCCAAAGCCAAACUGGCCGAGCACGGCAUUGAAAUUUCUCCUUUAAAACGCAAGUCUGAUUCUGCACCCAGUGCUUCAGAGCAACAUGGCAAGCGAGCUAAGCCUCCUAUGCCUGUUGCAGAUGCUGAGUCGAAGCCCCUUUCCGACGUUGAGAAACUCUUGGAUGAGCCUAAGAGGAUGCUGGAUUCUCGCCCCAAGGGAGCCACAGAUGACCAUGUCACUGAGUGGCUCAACACAUUCAAGACCAAGCCAGAUUUUAGAGGCAAACAUCCUCAGCUGGUCAAGUAUGUGAAGACAGUUCAAGAUUUGCUCAAGAAAGGCACUGCCAAAGACGAAAUAGUCUCGGCAGCGAUUCGCUUUGGCUUAGAUGCCAAACUGGCAUCUCGCCUCUCGCUGAAGAACCUCUCAGCCACUAUAGCUGUGGCACAGUUUGAGGCAGCCUGA